CACGCUGCCGGAAGCGGAAAUAGCGCCGGUCUCCGCCGGAGGGGCAGUAACUGCUGUCGCGAUGCCGAAGGCGCCCAGGCAGCAGCCACCCGAGCCAGAGUGGAUCGGCGACGGAGAGAGCACCAGCCCUGCAGAGAAGGUGGUGAAGAAAGGGAAGAAAGACAAGAAGACCAAAAAGACGUUCUUUGAGGAGCUGGCGGUGGAUGGUAAGCAGGCUGGCGAGGAGGGAAAGGUGCUCAGGGAGAAGCAGGAGCAGCCACAGCCGCAGCAGCAAAAGAAGAAGCGGGACACCCGGAAGGGCCGGCGGAAGAAGGAUGUGGAUGAUGACAGUGAGGAGCAGGAGCUCAUGGAGCGCCUUCAGAAGCUCUCGGUGCCUGCCAGUGAUGAGGAGGAGGAAGUGCCAGCCCCAGCGCCCCGAGGAGGAGGAAAGAAAGCCAAGGGCAGUAAUGCGUUUGCAGCCCUGAUUCAGGACCAGAGUGAGGAGGAAGAAGAGGAGGAAGAAAAACACCCUCCCAAGCCUGCCAAGCCAGAGAAGAACCGGAUCAAUAAGGCCGUAUCUGAGGAACAGCAGCCUGGGCUCAAAGGCAAAAAGGGAAAGGAAGAGAAGUCAAAAGGGAAGCCCAAGCCUCAAAAUAAAUUUGCUGUUCUGGACAAUGAAAAGGAAGAUGGAGAAGAUGAGGAGGAAAUAACAAAAGAAAAGGAGCCUCCCAAGCAGGGAAGGGAAACGGCUGAGCAGGGUUCCGAGGAAGAAGAUGAGGAGGGCGAGAGUAAGGUGGAUGAUCCCUAUGCUCACCUGAGCAAAAAGGAGAAGAAAAAGCUAAAGAAACAGAUGGAUUAUGAGCGCCAGGUGGCUUCAUUAAAAGCAGCUAAUGCCGCCGAAAAUGACUUCUCCGUGUCCCAGGCAGAAGUGUCCUCCCGCCAAGCCAUGCUGGAAAACGCAUCUGACAUCAAGCUGGAGAAGUUCAGCAUCUCAGCCCAUGGCAAGGAGUUGUUCGUCAAUGCCGACCUCUUCAUCGUAGCCGGCCGCCGCUAUGGGCUGGUGGGCCCCAACGGCAAGGGCAAGACCACGCUUCUCAAGCACAUUGCCAACCGCGCCCUGAGCAUCCCCCCCAACAUUGAUGUGCUGCUCUGUGAACAGGAGGUGGUCGCGGAUGAGACUCCUGCAGUGCAGGCCGUACUUCGGGCUGACACCAAGCGGCUGCAGCUGCUGGAAGAGGAGCACCGGCUGCAAGCACAGCUGGAGCAGGGGGAUGACUCGGCUGCUGAGAGGCUGGAGAAGGUAUAUGAGGAACUGCGGGCCACAGGGGCGGCAGCGGCAGAGGCCAAGGCAAGGCGGAUCCUGGCUGGCCUGGGCUUUGACCCUGAGAUGCAGAAUCGGCCCACACAGAAGUUCUCUGGGGGCUGGCGUAUGCGCGUCUCCCUGGCCAGGGCACUGUUCAUGGAGCCCACGCUGCUGAUGCUGGACGAGCCCACCAACCACCUGGACCUCAACGCUGUCAUCUGGCUCAAUAACUACCUCCAGGGCUGGCGGAAGACGCUGCUGAUCGUCUCGCAUGACCAGGGCUUCCUGGAUGACGUGUGUACGGACAUCAUCCACCUGGACGCCCAGCGGCUGCACUACUACCGGGGCAACUACAUGACCUUCAAGAAGAUGUACCAGCAGAAGCAGAAGGAGCUGCUGAAGCAGUAUGAGAAGCAGGAAAAGAAGCUGAAGGAGCUGAAGGCCGGUGGCAAGUCCACCAAGCAGGCGGAAAAGCAGACAAAGGAAGCCCUGACUCGCAAGCAGCAGAAAUGCCGGCGGAAGAACCAGGCUGAGGAGGCACCUGAGGUGCCUGAGCUGCUGAAGCGGCCCAGGGAGUACACUGUGCGCUUCACCUUUCCUGACCCCCCACCGCUCAGCCCCCCGGUGCUAGGCCUGCACGGUGUGACCUUCGGCUACGAAGGGCAGAAAGCACUCUUCAAGAACCUGGACUUCGGCAUCGACAUGGACUCGAGGAUCUGCAUCGUGGGCCCCAACGGCGUGGGGAAGAGCACGCUGCUGCUGCUGCUGACUGGCAAGCUGGCGCCGACUCGCGGGGAGAUGAGAAAGAAUCACCGGCUGAAAAUCGGCUUCUUCAACCAGCAGUAUGCGGAGCAGCUGCGCAUGGAGGAGACAGCCGCCGAGUACCUGCAGCGGGGCUUCAACCUGCCCUACCAGGAUGCCCGCAAGUGCCUGGGCCGCUUUGGCCUCGAGAGCCACGCACACACCAUUCAGAUCCGCAAGCUCUCUGGUGGGCAGAAAGCCCGGGUUGUGUUCGCAGAGCUGGCCUGCCGGGAGCCUGAUGUCCUCAUCCUGGAUGAGCCCACCAACAACUUGGACAUCGAGUCCAUCGACGCGCUGGGGGAGGCCAUAAAUGAGUACAAGGGAGCUGUGAUCAUCGUCAGCCAUGAUGCACGGCUCAUCACAGAAACCAACUGCCAGCUGUGGGUGGUGGAGGAGCAGAGCGUUAGCCAGAUCGACGGCGACUUUGAGGACUAUAAGCGGGAGGUGUUGGAGGCCCUGGGGGAGGUCAUGGUCAGCCGGCCCCGGGAGUGAGCGUUGCUCCUGGGGCCCUCGAGGCGCAGGCUGACAGCAGUGUGACCAGGAGACUCAUGCAGCGCCGCCUUUCUUUGAAGACCCGUGUGUUCUCCUGUGGCCCACUGGGCUGGCCUCCCCCUCGCCACACUCCUGAAGUCUGAGGGGACCUUCAUCCAUGGCCUUUUGCCCAGCAAGGUUGGGGGCCCUGGCCAAGCCUCCCUGGCCCAAGAGCGCUGCUGUGCUUCUCCAGGGCCCAGCGCUGACUUCGGGCACCACCGUCUCACCCUGGCUGGAGGGCCCGGGCUGAGGUGGCCGUGCCUGGAGCGACCGCCAUGACCAUCGCGGGUAUCGGCAGGAGGGAACCACUGAGCCUGUCUCCCUUCACAGGGCAGAAAUAAAGGCCCUUCAGACCAGGACAGAAAGAUGUGCUUCUCUUAGCUUCCAUCUUGGACGGCUUUGUCUCUCACCAUGCAAGCUAAGCCCACAAUUGAGGAGGUCCUCUGUCUGUCUAUAGCUAAGGGCCAUGGCACUCCCCUCCAACAGCUGGGAGGUUGCCCAGGGGCACAGCACCUGUCUGGUAAGUGCAAGGCCCAGAGUUCAGUCUAGUACCAUAAAACAAAA